AUGGCACCAACUACAUCUCUUCAACGACCUGCAUCGGCUCCUCACCCUCAACCCUCAGAUCUCCUCCUUCCCAUCGAGGCCUUGGGCUACGUCUGGGGAAAAGUGCGAAAGCUUCGCCGACAAAAUCCAUCGAAUACCCAGACCAAGGAAGUCGACUACGAUUCAAGUUACGAGGAAUCAAUCAUCAGCAAAGGGGAAACACUGUGCGAGGCCGAACAUAAAGAGACAACAGAGAAGAAAUGA